AUGAAACGAGUCAAGUUCAAGGUCUCUGUUUUGCUUUUUCCACACCCACUUGAUUUUGUUAAUGCGCCACAAAGAACCAUCUUCUACCCAAAAAAAUAUUCAGAGGCAGAGAGCAACCUCAAUAUGACCCAGUCAGUCUUCCAUCUUGCUAUAAAACAAAUCCCCUGCCUAAUUCCCCAAACUCACCCAAAACCCACUCUGCUGACAAUGCCUCCACCCACUCUUACCAUCACUCCCAAACUCCUCCUCUCUGUUUUCCUCGUCGGAGCUCUGGCCUCCGCCGUGGUAGCUCAAGACUGCGGCUGCGCAUCCGACGAGUGCUGCAGCAAAUGGGGCUACUGUGGAACCAGCCCCGACCACUGCGGCUCAGGCUGCCAAAGCGGCCCCUGCAACAGAAACGACAUUCAGGUUGCCGACAUCGUCACCCCUGAAUUCUUCAACGGCAUCAUCGACCAGUCCGACGGCGACUGCGCAGGGAGGAGCUUCUACUCUCGCGACGCCUUCUUGCGCGCACUCGGGUCCUACCAAGGCUUCGCCCGGCUCGGAUCCGACGACGACUCCAGGCGCGAAAUAGCUGCCUUCUUUGCCCACGCCACCCACGAGACAGGAAGCAACUGUACUUUUGCAGACUUCUGUUACACAGAGGAGAUUGAUGGGCCAUCCAAGGACUACUGCGAGGAGGAGAAUACCCAGUUUCCUUGCAAUCCAAGCAAGGGUUACUACGGCCGGGGUCCGCUCCAGCUGUCCUGGAACUUCAACUACGGCCCCGCCGGAGAGCAGAUCGGAUUCGACGGACUCAACUCCCCUGAAACGGUGGCGAAUGAUCCAGAAAUAUCAUUCAAGACGGCUCUGUGGUUCUGGACCAACAACGUCCAGCCGGUUAUGGACCAGGGAUUUGGGGCCACCACCAGGGCCAUCAAUGGCGAUUUGGAGUGCGACGGAAGUAAUUCCGCCACCGUGCAACGCCGUGCCGAUUUUUACACCGAGUAUUGCCGCCAACUCGGUGUUGCUCCUGGGGACAAUCUCACAUGUUGA